ACGACUGUACGACUGACGACAGUACCAACAGUGGCACGUUGACACUGGGAGGCACCCGUCCUGGUCCUGUUCAGUUUUCCGACGGCCAUGCUGCCUUCCCGCCGCCCGAGCGACAACCUCGGCUACGGAAGGAUGAAGCUGACCGAACGUCGCCGCCUCGUGCUUGGCGACGUUCAUAUUUCGCUCGAGACACGAGGGGAGCUACUCCGACGCAUCGACGAGAUAUACGCCCAGCUGUUGGCGCUGACCAACGGGGACGGUGACAGUACAAAAUUGAACGGCGCUGCGGCACCCUCGGCCGCUAGUCUCUCGCCCCCACCAACUGAGGACAGCGACGGGCCCUUCGACGGCGACGCCACCCUGGUUCCGAGUCCUCCACCCCUGGAGCCGAAAGGUCCUUCCCCCGUCCCUGGUACAUCUACGGGACAUCGUGACGUUCUGGAGACGUCCAGGGGACCUUGUGUGCCGUCUGGGCCCGUUCCGAGGACUCGGACUCGAAGCACCGGUCGCAGAUGUGAAGGCAAGCAGGCGGCGGACGGCGCCCCACCCGUUCCUGCUGGUGGCACGGCUGCGCAAGGAGGUGGGGUCCGUCGAAAAGAGGCACGACAGCAGCCGCAGCGCGCGCCUUCUGCGGAGAAGAAAGUGGACGCGGCCCGAGGGACCAGUGUGCCGUUCCGCGCCAAGCCUCUCCCGGUCCGUAUCCUCGCCGACUCAUACAAGCAGCAGAAGAGAGCCGAGGAAGAAGUGAGGCAGCUCAGGUCCAAGGCAUGGGCCAAGGAAAUGCUGAGGUGUGCGGCGAUGCCUUUCUCCACCAGAAGGCCCAUGUUCCAGCGGCAGUGCUCGGACCCCGUUCUAAAUGUUCCUGUUCGCGAGACUCUCUCCAGACCUUCACGACGGGCACCGCCUGCUACUGACGUACUCCAGGGAGACUGCAGAAAGGCGAGGAGAAGCCGCAGCUGCCCCAAGCUCGACCAAAGGACUCUUCCUCCCGAGAGUCCAGUAAAACCACCAUACAUGAGCACGCCUGGGAAGAUCAAGCCGAACACCAACUUGUUGCUUCGCCAGCAAGCAGCCCUAGAGCGGCGGAGGGAAGAAGAAAGGCGAAGGGACGAGGAGGAGCAGCGGGAACGCGUCCGAACCCUCCGCAAGUCCCGGGUGGAGCUCCAGAUGCGGGCCCUCGCGUGCCGCCUUUCCAGGCCUUGCAGCAGCGACUCCAUCAGAGACAGGCUCAGGGCACAUAGGUCGGUUAGGCUGUCGCUCCUCGAACUUGUCUUGUCGCUCCUCGAACCUGUCUUGUCGCUCCUCGAACCUGUCUUGUCGCUCCUCGAACUUGUCUUGUCACUCCUCGAACUCGUCUUGUGUGGCUGUCCUUCCAGGGUUCAAUCGAUGUCCACCAACCUGAGAACGUGUCAAAGGCUGCUUUUUGUGCGCUCUCGAAUCUCUUCAUGCUGCCAUAGAUAAGAAACUUGUUCCUAUGCAUGGGGACAGAAUAGAAAGAAAACGGUCUGUUUGACGCUGGUCUCGUCAGAUACGACGCUACAUGUACACAAACCUAAAAGCUUCUUGGGGACGCACGCCG